CAAUAAAACAGACCGGAGCUGACGACCAGGAUGGUUUCGGGUUCAUGUACAAUGAUAUUUGCCUGGGAGUCGCCGAGACGAGUCAAUUUCAUUGCUCCGUCUGCGAGCUUCCUUACGCGAGUGUUCCGUGUGGCGUCGAGACAUGCGCCCAGAUGUGCCAUUUCACCUGUGGCUUGAUGAGCAAUUGGUUGUUCCAAUUCGAUGAGAUGAACGCGUUCUGCCAUGAGCACACCGGUUUGCCCGCAAAGACACCUAUGGAAUUCGGGCCAGGAAGUGCCUGCCUUAUUUGUGCUGAGAGAUUUAACAGCUACUCAGCCUUGAAGUGCAUUCCAACCCACUGUCGCCCCGAUAUCUGGAUGCAUCGCUUUUGUCUGCAGAGAUUCGCUUUCUGUGCCGGCAUCGACCUCAAGUGUCUUCUCUGUCACAAGCCAGAGUUCCGGAACAUUGCCCAGAAAUAUGGCGUCUUUGUUCCCAAUCGAAAAGGCGAUUGGAUGCGGAUCCAUCGGAAGGAGGUUGAGUCUCAAAAGGCUAGAGAUUCAAUAAUAUUCUGUGCGGCGAGAGUGUGCAUCUUCGCCGGCGGACGUCAAUUCCCACCGGGUUGCGAAGUGGGUGGGACUUGCUUUGACUGCCACCAAGCUUUCCACACCACGUGCGCUUUCUUCAAUAACCGAAAGAGGAAGAACGGCAAGUUAUUGUGUUUGUUCUGUGAUGGAGUAGAUCCCGAGAUUUCUGAGCCUCUGGAUAUGGAGCCCAAGAAGACUAAUCUUGUCCUACUUUCCACCUUGCCAAUCUUCCCAAAUUUGGCAAUGAAGAAGUUCCUCCAGGAAGUGUUCACGAAUAAAGUGAACUAUGUGGAUGAAUCUCUCAUGCCAAAUAGUCUUGGGCAACAAUACUUGCGCCAAGUCAAAUUCCGUCUAAACUAUUUCCUCAAUUCAUUCUAAUCAUCUGCGUGAUUUCAUCUAUUGGGAAUCUCAGGAGUUAAUAAGUGAAUUUAUACAAACCUGACGAAUAUGAAGUACUAGCAAAGAUGCGAAAGAUAAAGCUUAACAACGAAUACAGAGACCUGAAAUGCAAUUUAGUCAUAAGAUGUUUAACUGAAUUAAUUUAAUACCAAAAAAUCGUGAUACUCUUGGUAUAAUGUUAUGAAUCUGCCUAAAUGAAAUAAGUAAAA